GAGAAGCAUCACUGACUCUAGAUAAUCGUUCAUUGUGUUGUUUGUUAUUGUUUUGAAUCGCAGAUUUCAUUGCAAAAUUCAUUCUUUAAUUAAAGUCUUCAAAAUUAGUCGGAAAAGUUUCUAAUCGUCUUACUUUAUUUGGAAAAAAAAUCCAAAAUUUCGCAUUGGCAGGAGAAAUGAAUGUUGACUGAUCUUCUAUUUUGCAAAAUCAUUCAAACUAUUUAUUAUAAAAUUCAUCGACAUUUGUUUUGAAUCGGGGGAAGUUUUGCGGCCGAGAUAAGGAGCUUAAAUGAACUCAUCAAUGGAUACAAUAACGACAUUAUUUGAUCUUUAUGUACCGGAUUAUAUAAGGACGAUCCAUUACGUACCGUGGGUAUUUUCACUAUUAGGAUCAGCACUAAUUGGACUUAGUGGCAUUUUACCAUUGAUUAUAAUACCAAAUAUUGAGCCGGGAAAGGAGAAUGAAGUAAAAAAUCUCGCAGAUUCAAAGUUCCUUAAAACACUACUGUCGUUUGCUGUUGGAGGUUUACUAGGCGACGUGUUCUUACAUUUAUUACCAGAAGCAUGGGAGUAUGACAUGAAAGAGCGGAUGAGUAAUGGAGAAGAGCAUCCAUCGAUAAGAAGCGGAUUGUAUGUACUGAGUGGUGUUUUAAUAUUUACUAUAGUUGAGAAAAUAUUUAGUGGAUAUGCAAAUGCAGACGAGAAUAAUCCACAACCAAAAUGUGUAGAAAUAGCAAAUUGUCUUUUGCGUCGUAAUGGCGGUAAAUUACCUGAUGGGCAAGAGGCUGUUAGCUGUGCAUCGAAUGGUUCAUGUGAUAUUGAAGAUAUUCCAAAUGGCUGCUUUUUAGCUGGAAAAGAUAAGAAGGACAAUCAUGCUCAGCAGAAGAAAGUUGCAGGAUAUUUGAAUCUAUUAGCAAAUUCAAUUGAUAAUUUUACCCAUGGACUUGCUGUUGCUGGAUCAUUCUUAGUAUCAUUUAGACAUGGUGUUCUUGCCACAUUUGCAAUUUUACUCCACGAAAUUCCACAUGAAGUUGGUGACUUUGCUAUAUUACUUCGGUCUGGUUUCACUCGAUGGGAUGCAGCUAAAGCUCAAUUAUUGACAGCUGGUGCUGGAUUGCUAGGCGCUUUAGUUGCUAUUGGUGGAUCAGGAGUAACAUCAGCAAUGGAAGCACGUACAUCAUGGAUUAUGCCAUUCACAGCCGGUGGAUUUCUACAUAUAGCAUUAGUAACUGUGCUACCUGACUUAUUACAAGAAGAGGAUAAAUUGGAAUCACUUAAACAAUUGGGAGCUCUUGUGCUUGGAAUUUCUGUGAUGGCAAUGCUUACAAUAAUGGUUGAGCAUUAAUCUUGUAUGCAUGGACUCGACGGAGAUUACUAGUGUGAAUGAGCGAUAUUAUGAUCAAAUUGUUAUUUAAUUAUUGUAAUAUCCGACAGUAAGCAGUCUAAACGUUGCACAUGGACAAAUUCACGAUUAUUUUUUAAAAAGAAAAGAAUGAAAUUUAUUUACAUCCCCUAGUCUAAUUACUAGAAAUACAAAAACAAAAGUAAGCAGAAUUGUAAAUUAAUUAGUUAUAAAAAAAUUAUUGAUCAUCAUUGAGAUAAAAGUACUGCAAUAAAAAAAAUUAAAUAUGUUUUAAGAAAACAUA